UUUAUAGCGGUACGGAAAGACUGAAAGCAUGAAAGUUGAAGGAAAACAAGUGUUGACAUAUGGAAAAGUAAGUCAAAAAAUUGUGAAACAUCAAAAUAUUUACCAGGCACAAAGUUCCGAAAAUAAAGAUUGAACGAGUUUUUCUCGUCUGAUACAUAUUAUUUAACAAACCCGAUAAUAUAAACCAACCAACAAGCACAGCAGAUUGUUACACAUAUCGCCGAAAAAUCUCGAAAGUUCCGGAAGAUUGCUUUCUUUCGGCUUAGGAUGUCUUCUCCGCCAUUCCACCAUUUCGGUUUUUACCACGGAACAAAGAAGAUCACUCCGCUGAAGAUUCGCAACCCGAGCAUUCAUCCGUCGCAGAUAAUGCCCUCACCGAGUGGAGUACCGUUCAAUAUGAAUGACAUGCCCUGGUGUUACAACGGAAAACCAGGUCAGUUGAUGGAAUUCAAUGCGGUCAUUCGAGCCAGCCCGAUAAUGCCGGGACAGAUGCAAAUGGGACAAUUCCUAUCAGUGCCGCCAGGAGCCACGGCGAUGUGCCAGGACAUUCGCAAACGAAAAACGGAACCAGAUGUGGUGCCAAUCCCAUCGAAGCUAUUCCUCACAGAAGACGUAAUGGCGUCACACAUGAACAAUUUGCACUUAUCAUCGGAGUACACAACGCACAAUAUCGAAACAACAACCGACGACGUUUUGCCAGCAGCCCCCGGUAGUUUAUCGCCAUGCUCGUCACUGGAUGAUGAAAUGUCCCUCGGAGAAGCACCAGCAACUAACAACAACCAUCACAUUUUCAUGUCACCACAGGAGCUCGAGGAGCGUCUCCGGAAGGCUCAGCGUAUCUCCGUGUGUGAGGAAGUUCGAAAACUGGAGAAACAGGCAGAUAUAUUACCCCAAGCGCUGCUACAGCGGAUCGAGAAACCGUGCUCAGCGCUGGUUUUGUGGCAACCGCCACAGCAGCUGGAGAAGCUGGUUACGAAAGUUAGCGAGGCACUGAAGGAAAAAGAGAGCAAAGAAGAAGAGGAAAAGGUCGAAUCGCGAAGGCCUACCAACGAGAUCGGGAUGAUGAUGAUGGGCAUCGACGAACCACUGCCAGAUCUGCCGGACUACGAUGCCGAUCUCGACUUUGAGGAGAAUAAUAACAAUGUGGCUUCAAUGGGGGAUCUCAACAAUGUUAUGGAUGUUGAAAUGUAGUGUAUGAUGGUACCGGAGAGGAGAGUGUGUUGCAUGUGUGAGCUUGUGUUUUAGUCUGUGUGUGAUUCCGAUGACAGUUCGAAGGUGGUAGAUCUGGCGGUGUGGACGGUGGAUAUUUAACAUGUCAUAUAUACUGUGCUUAUCUCACUACUUGGCGUAUGUUUGUGUAAAUCAACUUUUAUUAAGCAGCAUUAACCAGAAGGUCCGUUUAUACUUUUUGGUGAAACUUGUAUAACUAAUAAACAUGGAA